AAGAUGUCGAGGUCGUUCUUAGUCGAUACGUUAAUCAGUGAGUCGAAAGACUGUAAGAAGACAGAAGUGACAUCCUUACACAACUUCGGUCUUAACCAAAUGGAUCCGCGCCCUAAGUUCCUACCUUAUCCAUAUCCGCUAAAUAAUUUACUUACUCUCGGCCUACAUCAACAGCGAGCUCCGGAUUUAUUCAGGCCGUUUCUGGAGCAUCUGAAUUUUCGAUACCCUCUUGUUCAUCAAUUACCGCGACAGCCAGACAUUUACGAAACACAUACACAAAGUGAACGAUCGUUCGAAGGUUAUGUGAAAACUGAAGAGGAACCCGUGAGUUAUGUGAAUAGAAGAAAGAAGUCAGUUUCUCCUUAUCUCCACCAUCCAUACAAGGCAACAGCGACGUCACCUUCGAAGAGCCAGGGCCAAAGGUCUCCAUCAUUAUCAAGUGAAAGUCGCAAUGGAACCCCAAGCCCUCCACUCGCUCAUCCCGAAGAACUGCUGCCUGGGUACUCUAAGGACUUGAAACGUGUGCCUUUAAAAGAAGAUUCGAGCAAACGUAUUCGAACUGCCUUCACAGGCACCCAGCUUCUUGAGUUGGAACGCGAGUUCUCAAUGAAUAUGUACCUGUCUAGACUUAGGAGAAUCGAAAUUGCAUCUAGAUUGAAAUUAUCCGAGAAACAAGUGAAGAUUUGGUUCCAGAACCGCCGAGUUAAGUUGAAGAAGGAAGAAAGUCCUCUAGCGAGUGACGGGAGAACUAAGAAAUGCUGCUGUGCAAAAUCUACCUGCUCUUCAAAGAACUCGAGCGAGAUGUGUGACAAUGAACAAAUUGAUGUUGUUAGUGAUAACGAUGCUAGUUUUGAGGCACAAAAUUUGUCAAGGUAUUCAUGAGAGACAUUUCUGAUAUUUUGGUAACGAUAGAUAUAGGUAAAAAC